AUGGGCGACCUCGAUACCCUCGUGGACAUGGGCUUCGACCGCGAGAAAGCCCAGAUGGGCCUCAAGAAAGGUGGUAACCUCACCGGCGCCAUCGACUGGCUAGAAAAGAACGCCGACAAGACCAUCGAGCAACUCAAAGAAGAGGCCGCCGAAGACGGCGAAGACGAGGAAGGAGCACCAAAGCUCGAAGUCGGCGAGCAAGCCCGAAGCAUGGUCUGCAACGAGUGUGGCAAGAAGUUCCGCGGCAUGAACGCAGCCCAGUUCCACGCCGAGAAGUCCGGCCACGUUGAUUUCGGCGAGUCGACGGAGGAGCUCGCGCCGCUCACAGAAGCAGAGAAGGCAGCGAAGCUUGCCGAGAUGAGGGCGAGGUUGGCGGAAAAGAGGGCAGGCCAAGCAGCCGAGGAGAAGCUGGCACAGAAGCGCAACGACGAGAUCAAGAAGAAGCACACCAAGGCGAGCGACGAUGCGAAGGAGGAGCUGCAGCGGAAAGAGCAGAUCAAGGAAGCGCAGAAGAAGAAGCAGGAGAAGGCAGAUGAUAUCGCGGCCAAGAAGCGGAUCAAAGAGAAGAUCGAGGCGGACAAGGCGGCGCGGAAGAGAAAGGCGGACGAGGAGAAGGCUAUGAGACAGAACCCCGAUGCCUUCAACCCUGGUGCUCCUGCAGCAGGUGGUGCGGCGCCUGGUGGUCUUGCAGCGGCUACUGCUCCCAAGACGGCGAACCACUCUGAAGCGAGGCUGCGAUUGCAGACGCCCAACGGCAAUGUCAUGAAGACGCUCCCCGCCGAGACGACGCUGUUCGAAGUUUCUGAGGCAAUCACGCAGGAAAAUGGAACUGAGGUUUCGAGCUUCACCAGCAACUUCCCACGAAAGACUUUCACGCGGGAGGACUUUGGCAUGACGCUGAAGGAAGCGGGUUUGGUGCCAAGUGCGGCUUUGACGGUGCAGUGA